AUGCCUUCUCGUGAAAAGGCCGUGUACUUUGCCAAGCUUGCAGAGCAGGCAGAGCGCUAUGAUGAAAUGGCAGACUACAUGAAAGAAGUUGGCGACCACGGUGAAGAGCUUUCCGUGGAGGAGCGGAACCUGUUGUCCGUCGCCUACAAAAACAAUGUGGGCUCUCGCCGUGCUGCCUGGCGCAUCAUCACCAGCGUCAAGCAGAAGGAGACCUCCAAAGGCAACGCAGACAACGCUGCCCUCGCCGGAGAGUACUGCGAGAAGGUUGAGGCCGAGCUGCAGAAGAUUUGCGACACCAUCCUCAAACUCCUGGAUAGCCAGCUGAUCCCAAAAGCCACCAGCGGCGAGUCGAAGGUCUUCUACCAGAAGAUGAAGGCGGACUACUACCGCUACAUUGCGGAGUUCCGCGACGGUGACCAAAAGCACGCUGCAGCGGAGAAGGCGCGCCAGGCUUACAAGGAAGCAGAGGAGAUCGCAGCCAAAGACCUGGCUGUGACCCACCCAAUUCGCCUUGGCUUGGCCUUGAACUUCUCGGUUUUCAUGUACGAGGUGCUGUGCGAUCCCGAGAAUGCCUGCAAGAUGGCCCGCACAGCAUUCGAGGAUGCCAUUGCCGAGUUGGACAACGUCGCGGAGGAGUCCUACAAGGACUCGACCCUCAUCAUGCAGCUGCUGCGCGACAAUCUCACCUUGUGGACAUCUGACCAAGAGGGAGAAGCGGCCUAG